CUGGUUUGCAGUAACUGUAAGACGACUUCUACACCGCUCUGGCGACGUAACCCGAAAGGACAACCUCUAUGCAAUGCAUGUGGUCUGUUCUUCAAGUUGCAUGGUGUUGUACGUCCGCUGAGUCUCAAGACAGACGUGAUUAAGAAGCGUAAUCGU